GUCUUACUUUCGGUUUCAUGUGGGUGAACUAACCUAGCUUGCUGACGAAACCCUCGCCGGGGCAGACCUGAACUGAACAGCCUCGCCACCUCGUUCAGGGCUGUUUUUCCAGUUUGUAGGUCUGUGUAGAUAAAAACUAGUUAUAUAUUUAUAAACCCUGAGUUUUUAGCAUUCGGGCUUCAACGUUUGGCCGCUGAGAGGACUAGCAAGUUAGCCAAAGAGCUUAUUUUCCUCAUCAGGCGUUCACCUUUAAAGGUGCCUCACAACUGUUGUGGGGAAUGAAGGCUGCGAUGGCGUCGUAUCUGUCCUUUUUCUUGUUGCUGUGUGUGGACGUGUGUGUGGUGAAGACGCUCGGUGUGGGGCAGCUCUCCUCGCUGCUGGUCCCGGAGGCGUUUAUCACACUCUGGGCUGUGGGGCUGCUGAGGGUCUGCUUGCUUCUCCUCACAGUCUUCUCUUACCCUGGAAGCCCAGUCUGGCUCAAAAGCUUUGAGGGAGUCCAGACUGUAACUGUUCACGGUUUAUUGUAUCCUGCCUACAUUACGUUUCUCUGGGCGUGUGGCUGGUCAACGGUGGAGCUUCUGUGGGGAUGGCACACCUGGGAAGCGCUGCUGCAGGGCUAUGCUGUCCUGGCUCUGUCUCUUCUGCUGUGGAAACGCUACGUCCCAUCCAUUUUGUCAAAGGCUAAGGUGAAAGCCCCCGAGAAAGGCCAGACAUCCCUGCAGAGGCUGCUUGGAUACCUAAAGCCGUACCGCAACCGCUUCACUGCGGUCAUCUCCUUGGUGAUCCUGUCCUCCCUCGGAGAGAUGGCGAUCCCUCAUUACACAGGUAAAAUGACUGACUGGAUCAUGAAAGAGGACGAACCUGAGGCUUUCAGUAACGCCAUCAAGGUCAUGUCUGUCAUGACAAUCAUGAGUGCUGUGCUUGAGUUUGUGUGUGACCUCAUCUAUAACAUCACCAUGAGCCUCAUCCACACCUCCAUCCAGAGUCAGGUCUUCCAGUGCGUGCUCAAACAGGAAAUCGCCUUCUUUGAUAAGAUUUCAACAGGUGAGAUUGUGUCUCGGAUCACCACGGACACCAACACCAUGAGCGAAAGCCUGAGUGAGGAACUGAGUCUGCUGAUGUGGUACUCCUUCCGCAUGCUCUUCCUGCUAAGCUCCAUGCUGUAUCUCUCUGCCCGGCUGACCAUCUUCACCAUCCUCGGCCUUCCUGUUAUUUGGAUCAUCCCAGAGUUUACUGGAAGGUUCUACCAGACACAUUCUGUAAAAGUGCAAGAAUCUCUGGCCAAGGCGAAUAAUGUUGCCAUGGAGACGUUUUCGUCCAUGAAGACUGUGAGGAGCUUCGCCAACGAGGAUGGAGAGACGGAGAGGUACAGGAAGUGCCUGGAGGACACCUACUCACUCAACAAAGUUGAAGCUGCUGCUUACGCUGCCUCGACCUGGACCAACAGCAUGUCUACUCUGGCUUUGAAAGUCUGCAUCCUGUACUAUGGGGGGCAGCUGGUGGCAGGAAAUGAUGUCAGCAGCGGCGAUCUGGUGUCUUUCGUUCUUUACGAACUUCAGUUCACUUCUGCCAUGGAGGCUCUGAUGUCAUACUACCCUCGCGUGAAGAAGGCUAUUGGAGCCUCACAGAAGAUUUUCGAGUAUGUGGACCGGAAGCCGGAUAUUCCUCCUGAAGGAUCUUUAGCUCCUGAGAAACUUCAGGGUCAUGUUCGCUUCAACAACAUCACCUUCGCCUAUCCCACAAGGCCUGAACAGAAUGUUCUCAAGGGUGUUUCUUUGGAGCUGAAGCCAGGGAAGAUCACUGUCCUUGUAGGUCCAGCAGAUGGAGGCAAGAGUACUAUCGUCCGUCUGCUGGAGAGGUUUUACCAGCCCCAGAGUGGUGAGAUCUUACUGGACGGAGAGCCACUGCUGAGCUACAAGGACCAGUACCUGCAUGAGAAGAUUAGCGUGGUGUCCCAGGAACCAGUGCUGUUCGCCCGCUCCAUCAAGGAGAACAUCAAAUAUGGCAGAGUGGCCGCCUCCAAUGAAGACAUGCAGAAAGCUGCCAAACUGGCCAGUGCACACGAAUUCAUCAGCAGCUUUCCAGAAGGCUAUGACACCGAUGCUGGAGAAAAGGGAGGCAAAGUGUCUGGAGGUCAGAAACAGCGGAUAGCCAUAGCAAGAGCUUUGAUUCGACAGCCGCAGAUCCUCGUGCUGGACGAUGCCACCAGUGACCUGGAUGACCACAAUGUACAUUUGGUUCACCAGGCUGUGCUGAACUCAAACUCGGACCGCACGGUUCUCCUCAUCACCCACCGGAUGAGCGGAGUGGAGCUGGCUCAUAAUGUGGUCUUCCUGCGGGCUGGCGAGGUGUUGGAGCAGGGCAGCCAUGCUGAGCUUCUGAAGAGGAACGGACCCUAUGCCGAAUUCGUACAGCAGCAGAGAACCAGCUUCUAUCGCAAAACGGAUGAAACAACGGACAGCAACUCGUCUUCCUGAAAGGCCUGAUGCAUGUUUAACAAACCAAACAACCUGACAAUAAGCAGAGUCUGUAGGUCGUAUUAGAAAUGCACUAUACACUGAAAUGUAGUACAAAUGUGUCAGAAAAAAGUAGUUAUUUGGAUUUGUUUGAUUUAAAUGUGUGUAUCAGUUGCACAUGAAUAAAAUACAUUACAUGAGCAAUUACUGCCAAAAGGAAGUAAACUUAAAGACAAUUUUGAGGCAUAUGAUUUAGGUGCGACUGAUGUUUGAAUCAGGUCAGUUCAAAGCACUAUGUACUGCAUAACAGUGUGCUAUAGACAUGCAUAUCUAAGUCUAUGUCUAAUCCCAGAAACAUACUUCAUACAAGUAUGUAAAUGCAUGCGCUUCAAGCUACACAGUUAGUUUCACGCCUUAGUACUCUAUAAUCAAUAGAAUGCUCAAGCUGCAUUCUGAGCAUGACAGCAAGGGGGCGCUAUAUUGGCAGCCAAGCCUGGCUGAGCAGUCCUGUUCUGGCAGCUUGCUUUCUCCUGGUCAGUGCUCCUGGCGGACCAGCAGUUUGACAAGUUUCUCGCAGAACCGGUUUAUUUGUAUAAAAUAUAAUACUCUGUCUCCUCUUCAUUCCAGUAACAAGUAAAGCAGAACGCACUCGUCUACUAUCCACAUGUUUAGUUGUUGUGGCUUUUGGAGAAACAGAAGAUCCUGUUUAUAGAUGUUCUGGACUGAGCUUUCCAAAAGCAUCUUAGCACAAAGACAAUUCCUAAAUGGUAGAGCGAGCAUCGUAGUGAACACUGUCUCUAACAAGAUGAUCUUAACGCUAAGAUGCUUUUGGGAAACUGGGCCCAAAUUUGUCCUCUCUCUCUCAUCCCCUUGAGUACUGAGUGUUUUAACUAUCACAGUAAUGUAGAAACUCACAUUGAGCUUGUGCAUUUGCAGUGUGUUAGCUUGGUGUGGUCAUUUGCGUUCGCAUAUUUGCAUUGAGUAUGUUUCUGGCCUAAGAAUAUUCCAAACAAGCUCAUCCAAAUAUUCUCCCACUGAAGCUGUAUUUAUAGGAAUGGUUUUGGUGAUAUAUCCAAUUUACACACUUAUCCACUUAGUCUAGAUGUACUUGAUCAGCCAAAGACAUGUUUGAUGUCCAAAUUUCUCAGUUUAGCCCUGGAGCUACAAGGCUAAUGUUGCUCACAAACACUGGAAGUCAAUAGUCACCCAAAUCUUUUCUGUAAAUAUAUCCGCAAAACUCCUCUCACCCCGCUCAAACUGCAUACAGAACUUCAUUAGGAGCACUCAGACUUGUCGAGGUGGUUUAGAGCACAGUUUGACUUACUGUGAAAUACAAAAAUGUAGCCAAAUGCUGCAGGCAGCCCCUUUAGAUAGCAAGUGUGGUUGGUAUAGUGUAGUGGGUAACACCUCUGCCUUCUACACUGUAGACUGGGGUUCAAACCCCACCUUGGUAAACACCCUACGCUAUACCAGUAAGAGUCCUUGGGCAAGACUCCUAACAGCACCUUCGCCUACCUGUGUAAAAAUGAUCAAACUGUAAGUCGCUCUGGAUAAGAGCGUCUGCCAAAUGCCGUAAAUGUAAAUGUAAGUGACUCCCCUUCGUGUGCAUGCACCUCACGCAGGCAUAUGGAUGCUAGGUCACAUUUAUGAUUUCUGUUGUUUCUGUCUUUUAAAAUAUAUCCUCAGUUUAAAAAAAAAACGGUUAUUAAAAAAUAACCGGUGUGUGCAUGUGAAGUCGGAAUUCGUCACAACACUUUUUUGGCUUUCAGGAGUAAAUUAUAAGCAUAUAGCAAUAUGUGUAUGAUCAUAAGACACAUUUUCUAUUAAUUUGAGGGGACAAAAUAUAAAUAAAUAAAUAAAAUAAAAAUUUACAUUUACUUCAUGCGGUUACUGAAUAAUUUGCCUUUGAUCGUGUAAAUUCAGAUGGAAAAACCAAAGUAUACCCUGGAGAAUAACAGGCUAAACCACAUCAAGUCUGUGUGACCUUGAUGAUGUGGUUUGAGCAAGAGCAGUUAGUAUUACAACACCUGAGGCACCAGAAUGUAACUGCUGUGCUGUUUAAGGUCGAAUGAGAAAAUUUGAACAAGAAGCUGGCAAAUAUGAAGCCAACUUCAGCCUCGUUGUUCUCUGUGGCUAAAAUCAGGCUGGUUUGUAACAUUACUGUCCUGUCUUAUAUGUACAACUCAGAACAUGUAAAAAUUAUUUUAUGCACUGAAGUUGACUGCUCUGAAUUCCCAAGCUAGCACCAAUGCUAAUGAUGCACUGCAUUCAGAUAGAAAGAUAAUGGUUAGCGCAAGUAAAAUAAUGGCUAAAUUAAAUGUUUUAACAUCUUUUCUACUCUUUUUCUGGAGAGAAGGUGGUGCAUGAAUCGAGUAGUCCCUCCCAUCAUUUAUACCGAGAUGUAAUAUCCCGUGCAAAUCGCUUCCUGAGGUAAACUUUCAUUACCCCACCUCCCCAUGGACAGCUAAUCCCAUCCGGGUAGGGCUUUAGAGAGGUCAUUUGACCAGUGUUAACUAAAUAUUUGUAUUGUGCCUUGAAAUGUGUUUUUUUCAGUGUGUUUGUUAGCAACAUUAGCUUUGUAGCUUUACACUCAGAAAAAGAGGUACUCAACUGUUACUGGGGCAGUACCCCUC